GUGUAGUCCAGGGUAUACGCUGGUAUACGGCGUAUACCUACUUAUUUUUCAGUCAGCAUUGCGUAUACCCACUUCUAAAUCCCCCCUGAUGCGCAUCAUUCAGUAAUAUCUGUGAGUCAGAUUGCCUAUUUUCUUCCUCGGGGAUAGUGAAGCCAUGACCCACCCUCCUCUGCCUCUAAUUGGCUGGUACUCGCUGCUUUCACUGAUUAGAUUGGUUAACUUUAGGCAUGAGGACUGAUGAGCCAAUCAGAGGCAGAGUAGGGCGGGUCAUGCCGAGGAAAAUAUCGCUAAUACCUCAGGUGCCAGUGAAAAAAAAAAAAAAAACUCAGGUGCCGGUGCCACUUGACUACGAUAACGGCAGCAGACCAAACAACGGAUGAAGAAAGGACACAAGCGGCGGUGUGCCACCCCAGUUGAUGGAAGACAUCAUUCUGAGGGACAGGUAACCAUGAAAAGGAAGGGAGAUAUUGCAGACUUUUUUGUAAAGAGGCACAAAUCAGGCCCAGAUCAGGCCCAGGCAGACCCCACCCCUAAAACCAGCAGCCCUGGCAGCUCUCAACCGGGAGCUAGCCAGGCAAGUCAGUGUGAGCAUAGAGAAGGAUCCAGUCUACCACCACCAGACAUCAAUAAUGACUGGCCAGACCUGUGGAGUGCUAAACAAACAGAAGACUUCAAAUCCAAGAACCCCUGGUUGGGAUCCAAAAACAAAAAAUUGGGAUGUCUGGUCUGUAGCAGUGUGAACUCCAUUGGGAUCGACAAGGAGCAAGGACAAGGUGUAUCGCUCUCAAGAGAAUGGAUGAACUUUGAAAUUCAAGUGUCUGGCCAGGGAAGUAGAACAACAAGUUUGUCAAUCUUGAGAAAUAAGGUGAGGAAACAUGCGUUGUCCAAGGCCCACACUCAGGCUGUGAAGGUGGCAGAGCAACAGAAAGAAGCUGCCAUUGAGAAUGCAGUGGAGACUAUGACUGAGUCCUACAUGAAGGAAACUGAAGCUGUGUUUCGAACAGCCUACCAUCUGGCCAAAAAGAACCGACCCUUUUCUGACCAUGAGAGCCUCAUUGAGCUGCAGGAACUGAAUGGUGUAAAAAUGGGCUCAAUACUUCAUUCACGUUACAGUGCAACACAAAUAAUACAACAUGUUGCUAGUGAGAUGCAGAGCAAAAUCAUCAGUAGCAUUAUAGCAUCAUCCAGUAAGUUAGCUGUCCUAAUUGACGAGGCAUCUUCUUUAAGUCACAAAGCUGUCAUGACAGUUUCUAUUAAAGCAUCAAUUCAAGAAGAAAGCCCUGAGUUCAUAUUCCUGGAACUUGUUGAACUGGAAAAUCAGAGAGCAGAUGGCAUAUUACAGGCGUUACUCACCUGUUUAACUAAUGCUGGCUUUACAGAAGAGUGGCUUCAUGAAAACUGGGUAACAUUUGUAUCUGAUGGAGCCAGUGUCAUGCUAGGAAAGAAGUCAGGAGUAGCAACCAGACUGACUUUGAGAUUCCCAAAGCUUUUUGUAUGGCACUGCAUGAACCAUAGACUUGAACUUGCUGUGUCAGAUGCAGUUGAUGAGGUAAACUCUGUCAAUCACUUUAAAACUUUUAUCCAGAAGCUAUACUCUCUGUAUAGUGUGUCAAACAAAAAUGAACGUGAACUUGUUAAUGCAGCAGCUGAAGUAGGCUCACAACUUCUUCGCAUUGGCAGAAUCUUGGAUGUACGCUGGGUGGCCAGUAGCUUUCGGACUGUUCAUGCUGUUUGGACAUCCCUGGGAGCUCUUGUGCAGCACUUUAAAAAUGCUUGCAGUGAUGAGAUGAGGUCCACCAAAGAGAGGCAGAUGUACAGAGGUUUGUUAGACCGUGUUCAAAGUCCAGAAUUCAUUUGUGACCUUGGCCUCAUGUACGACACUCUCCAUGAACUAAGUCUCCUGUCACAGGAGCUUCAGUCUCGUUCUAUAACGCUCCUCAGAGCAGAGCAUCUGCUGAAACGCUCAAUCAGAGUGAUCCAGUCAUUCAAAGAGAGUCCAGGUGAGAAAUAUAGUGAGGCUUUAGAAGCAAAACAGACUGGGGAGUAUCGGUCUAUAGCCCUGAAAACAAAUGCAAAGCUGAAGUCUAUCAAUCCAGGCCAGUUCUUACAAAGCCUUGUGAACAAUCUGGAGAAACGCUUGUCUUUUGAAGAUGAGACCAUCAUGGACCUCAGCAUCCUUGAUCAGAGUAAGUGGCCAUCAAAGCCCAGCAUCCGCCAUGGUGAAGAACAAGUUAAGCGACUGUGCAAGCGAUUUAACUUGUGCACAGACCAAGCACUGAAUGGGAUGCGGGACCUACUGGAAGAGCCCAGUAGUGAGCCCAAGGACCUAAAACCACUUAUGAACUGUAUGAAAACAUUCCCUGUCGGUACAGCAGAGUGUGAGAGGAAUUUUAGCCUUAUGAACAAUAUAAGCUCAGACAAGAGGGCUGUCCUUCUGAUCUCAAACAUAUCAAACUUGAUGAUGAUUAAUAUCAACGGCCCACCAACUUCCAAGUUUGAUCCUAGAAAAUAUACAAGGACCUGGUUGAAGAGCCAUCGUGCUGCCUCUUCGGUGCGUUCUAGACAGUGCAGUGUGAAAGCUCCUGCAGAAAGCAAAUUUGUCUGGAAUAUACUGUAGUAUGAGCAAAGGUCAGAAACCCAGUGCUGGGUUGAGAGAGUAUAUCACUGUUGAUGUGUUGUUAAUGCAUAUAUUUUUGUUAAUUGUUAACUAAAUAUUGUUGUAACAUAUUUUGUUGAAUGAUUUACCGGUAAAUGAACAUGUUCAAAACAAAGCAUAUAGCAAUAUGAACAAGGAUGCAUUGUCACCUUCAGAUUUGAAGUAUUUUAUUUAAAUAAAUGUGCAAAAAAUAAUCGAAACACCAUUUCCUGUUUGCCUCAUGAUAAAUACAUUUUACAUUCAUCCAGGCUGCUCUUGUGACCAGUAGUAACUACAAACUGCUCCUAAUCAAGUCAUGAUCAUUUUAUAAUAGUGUGCAAGUAGAAAUUACAUAUUUUUGGGUAAACUAAAUCAUAGUCUUACAUGUCACUGUUUCUAAAACAGGGCUUUUUUCUGGACUACUUAAAAAAAAAAAAGGU